GUAGUAUCUUUUGUUUAAAAAAUAUAAAAAAAAUAAAUUAGACAAUAGAGUGAUUGUGAAUAUUUAUAUAAAAGUAUGAGUGAUUAUGCUGCUCUUCGAGAAAAAAAUAUUGCUAAAAGAAAAGCUAUUUUUGCUGAAUUUUUCAAUGAAGUAAAUAAGUUAAAAGAGGAAGAGGAAUGUUUGCAAAAAGAAAUCACAGUAAAAAAAAUUAAUGAAAAUGAACCACCAAGAAAAAGACAAAAGUUAAUUUAUAACGAUAAGAAGGAUAAUACAUUUAGAAGUAGAGUACGUUUGGAAUUUCGUAAAGAAUAUAAUACCAGAAGUAGAGGGAAAGUUUGUACAAAUGACACAUUAAAUGAUUCCGAUAAUAAUGAAACUACAGAAUUAGCCAUAAAGAAAAAACAUAAGGUUAGAGUUUUAUUUCCUUGGGCUAAACCUUUUCAAAGGAGUAUCGAUUUAAUAAAAACAGGAGUCUGCGAUGUAGAUGAAGAAGAAGAAGAAAGUGAAGAUGAAACUGAUGACGAAAAACAAGAAUACAACUAUAGUAAUAAUUUAUUAUUAUCACCCGACAGACCUAAAAGAAAGAAAAGAACUUUCAAGAUAUCCAAAGCUCCAUAUGAUCCCAAUAGUAUACCAUCCGUAGAUGAAGUAACACAGGAAAUGAUCGACAAUGUUGCUAAGCGUAGUAUAGAAAAAAAGUAUAAUAAAGCUAAUGGUACCAGUUGCCAUCAAUGUAGACAAAAAACUAUGGAUACAAAAACUAUUUGUAGAUCAGGUGAAUGUAUUGGCACAAGGGGUCAGUUUUGUGGGCCUUGUUUACAAGGAAGAUAUGGAGAAGAUGUGAUAAAAGCCUUGCAAAAUCCUAAAUGGGCUUGCCCUCCUUGUCGAGGUUUAUGUAAUUGUAGUAUAUGUAGAACAAAAAAUGGUUUAGCACCAACAGGAAUUUUACUUCCUAUAGUACACGAAGAAGGAUAUUCAUCAGUGAUGGACUAUUUACAAUCAAUUGAAGAGAAAAAUAAUAACGAAGAUGAUGAUAAUAAAUAAAUUGUUUUUAUGAAGUACAGAAUGAGAUUUAAGUCAAAUAUCAUCAAUAUAAUCAUGUAUUUUUUUAUAAGGCGACAAUAAAUCAAUCAAUCAUUUUAAU